UUCUGAAACAUGGCGGCUUCGUGUUCAGAUAAUACCUUUGAGAACGCAGCGACUAGGUCUGCAGUCGAAUCGGAACCGGACAAUGAUUUUUGGGAAGGACAGUGUCCAGUGGUGAGCCGGGAUCCAGCGGUGAAGUUACUCAGUCCGGUAAGCGGUCUCGAGCCACUGUCGUGGUCAGAGGACCACAGAUUAGCGGCCUCCAGCACCAACAGCGUGUCUCUAAUGGAAAUGGUGUGUGACAUACAAAGUCUCAGUCAAGACCUGAUGCUGCACCGUACUCACAUCCCCGUGCCGGUCACCGCUAAUGAACUCCAGGUUGGUCCAGAAAAGGAAGUGAAGACCGCUAAAGAAAAGUUUGCAAAGAGUAAAGAUCCAACCAUAAGCCAAAUGAUAAUAAUGGACAGAGUCAUCAACCCUCAAAGUGGACAUCUCCGUGGCGUCAAAUACACAUGCUGGUCACCAAUAGGCUGUGACAGCAAUGGCCAUUGUCUUCUUGCUUUUUUAACAUUGGAUAGUCGUCUCACAAUCCACAGCAGUCAAAAACGCUUUCAGUGGACACCUCUCUUGAACCUUACAGAACUUUACGGGGAAAUGUUAAAAUCCAGGAACUACUCUUCCCGGAAUGACGAGUUACCUAUGUUUCCCAUUACAAACUUGGACGAGCUUCAAAGGCGAUAUCGCAUGCAAACGCCGGUCCGCAUGGCGUGGUCUGGUCUGUGCAAUACGCAACAAGUUCAAGCCAAUAAUGCAUGUAAAGACAUUAGCACAGUGCUCCUGGCUGUACUUAUGGAGAACGGUGAUCUAGUGAUCUGGCAGUUCUCCUUGCCCCUAAAGGGGAAGGACUCAGUGGUGUCUUGCAACACCAUACAGUCUGGCAUUUCCUCGCCAAGCAUGCUCACCUGGUGGGAAUACGAGCACGGUGGCCGCAAAAUGAGUGGACUGAUUGUGGGCAGUUCCGUUGGACCCAUAAAUAUCCUGCCAGUCAAUCUUAAGGCAGUAAAAGGUUAUUUCACUCUCAAGCAACCUGUGGUGUUGUGGCAGGAUAAGGACCAGAUACCUGUGCACAACAUUAAAUGCAUCACUCUAUUUCAUCCGCUACAGAAAUGCAACUGCAGCCUGGUGGUUGCAGCACGUGGCCCCUAUGUGUUCUGGUGCUUGUUGCUCAUCUCCAAAGCUGGCCUCAAUGUUCAUAAUUCCCACAUCACAGGUCUUCACUCCACUCCCAUCAUAUCCAUGACGGUUAGCCAUAACACUGGGUAUAUUUUUACUUGCUCUUUAGAUGGUGUGGUGAAGCAGCUCAUGCCCGUUUUCACCGAUGUUGCGGUGGUGUUUAAACAGCAGGAGGUUGUUCUGCCAGAGGGAGUGGCAGGGCAACGGAUACAUGGCAUAUCUGUCAGUCCCAAUGGUGCAUACCUGGCCUUGCUCUCCAGUGAGGGCAUGAUCAAUGGGCUCCAUUCCAUCAACCACACCUACCAGGUCCAGUUUAUCACCCUAAAGACUCCGAAAGAAGCAGCUACCGAGCUUCUCGAGUCUCAAAUGCCGAACCUCUUUAGACAGACGGAUUUGUUAGAUUUGUUGCGGUGGAGAGUAUUGAAGGACAAAAGCAUCCCUCCUUUCCUUGAAAAUGAACUGGACAAGAAGACCCAAACUUCAGGGUCUAGCUACUUUUGGCGCCUGAAGCUUCUCCUCCUGCGAAUGCUCCAUAAGUCCAUGCAGAAGACCCCCUCUGAGGCCCGGUGGAGGCCAAAUCUUAAGGAUAGUAAGGUGUUUGUUGGGGAAGAGGAGGUAGGUGGGGGUGAGGAAGAAGAAAUGGCAGAGAUAUCAGUGCAAGAAGAGUCCAGGCCAUGGGACACUGAUAAGCAGUCCAGCGAGGAACAAAUGAGCAAGGUCAGCAGCCAGAUCGAAGAAGUUGAGUCUCAUCUGACCCGUGAGAACAUGAAGAAGGUGCUUGGCGAGGUGUACCUGCACACCUGCGUCACUCAAAACACAUGUAUACCUACCAAAGGUGUGUGUGACUUUCUCAAAAAUGACCCUGCUAAUGAAGACAGGGCAGCUAAGGUGCUGAUAGGUCAUAUCAUGAAUAAGAUGAACAAACAGACAUUUCCAGAGUACUGCAACCUCUGUAAUGAGGUUCUGCCCUUCACGGACCGUAAACGGGCAGAGUGUAAGAAUGGGCACAGAUGGCUCAGGUGUGCGCUGUCAUAUCAGGCCUGUCAGGGUGUGACAUACCGCCGCUGUCUAUUGCAGGACAGUAUUGCCUCUGUAGCAGAGCCUGAGGACUCUGACUGGAUAAAGAAAAUACUCCAAGGUCCCUGCAUCUUUUGUGACUCUCCUCUUUACUAGAGCAACAGUGCUAUAGAUGACAAACUCUUCACAGCGGAUUACUGCGUUUCUUUAGUGAGCUAUUCCCCAUAGCAAAAAUGACUUUAAUUCCUUGGAACAAAUGAAUGUAUUUAAAAAAAAAAUCACUUUAUUAUUAUAGUUAUACAAGUAAUUUAGAAGAUUUUCUUCUCAACGACCUCUAUUUUUAAGCCAAGCUUUAGUGUAGUUUAUAGAGAUGUACAAAUUUCAUAUCAAGAAAGCUGUGUGUGUUAAUACCUUAUUCUAUUGUCUAUUUUUGUUAUUGUUGUUUAUAUUUGGUAUGCUAUAUAUAUUUUUGUUUCUAUAAUAUUAUGCUAUUCAUACUUUUGCAUUAAAAAAUGCAUUCUUCCCCUGCCCGAUUUUAAUUGGUUUAAAUAAAUCCAUUUCUUAUUUGGCUUUAGAAACAUUUUGUUGAACUGCAAAUGCCAUACCAACUCCCCCAUUUCCAAAUAAUGACUUUUCCUUGGCCUAAAGGAAGACAAGAUGAGAGAAAAGAAAUGUAAAAGGAAAUGAAAAACAGCGAGACACUGAGAAAACUGUUUUAAAACUGAUCCAGCCCCUCCGAAGGGCCAAACUCUAAUGAGAUACAGCGGUAAUGAGGAAUGGAUCCCAGCCGCAUAUGUGAUACCCAUUUUAAUUAAGGUAGCAAGGUUGAGUGCAUAUUGUUAAAUGUAGUUACCCCCUUUUUUGUGGGCCGCUGGAGAGACACAUGCAGGCCAUAUACCCUGACACCCAUUCCACACAAGCGCUUCACCAUCAGUGGAGGACCCUGUUUGAUCAAAGUUACAUUUUGGCCUGUUGGACCUUUUGGAAUGUUCUUGCUCCUUUCCAUCAUGUCUG